AUUUCACUCCUGAACCAACCAUACGACCAGAGCCAUCAUUUGAGUUUUUCUACACUGAUGAACGAGUCCAGCUUACUUGUAACAUGCCAGGUGCCGCAUGGGAAUAUUAUUGGUACAAAGACUCAAAGACAACAGAACUUUCUACUGGAAAUAAAAAUUAUAUUAUUAAUUCAGCAUCUCUCCAUGACACUGGUGACUAUCACUGCGAAGCAAAGAGAGGCAACGUCUCGAUCAACAGUGGGAAAAUGAAAGUGCAAGUUAAAGAGCCACCUCAACCACAACUGUCCAAAGAGCCUCUAUUGGAAUUAUUUUACCCAACUGAAAAGGUGACUCUAACGUGUUUAAUCAAUGAAAAUCCAAAUGAUUGGGAAUAUGAAUGGUACAGAAACGAAAUUAAGCUCUCCAAAGACAAUGACAUCUCCUUAUCUGGAAAAACACUUUCAAUAAACUCAGCAAAAUCAAGUCACUCUGGAAACUAUAAGUGCAAAGCAAAACAUCUACGGAGAUCUCCAGUUACUACAAAUGAAACAGAGGCUCUGCAGCUUCACAUUUCAGAUUCCACUCCUGAACCAGACAUACGACAAGACCCAUCAUUUGAGUUUUUCUACACUGGUGAACAAGUCCGGCUUACUUGUAACAUGACAGGUGCUGCUUGGGAAUAUCAUUGGUACAAAGACUCAGAGACAACAGAACUUUCCAUUCCGAAUAAAAAUUAUAAUAUUAAUUCAGCAUCUCUCCAUGACACUGGUGACUAUCACUGCGAAGCAAAGAGAGGCGACUUCUCAAUCAACAGUGGGAAAAUGAAAGUGCAAGUUAAAGAGCCACCUCAACCACAACUGUCCAAAGAGCCUCAAUGGGAUUUAUUUUACCCAACUGAAAAGGUGACUCUGACGUGUUCAAUUAAUGGAAAUCCAAACGAUUGGGAAUAUGAAUGGUACAAAAACGAAAUGAAGCUCUCCAAAGACAAUGACAUCUCCUUAUCUGGAAAAACACUUUCAAUCAACUCAGCAAAAUCAAGUCACUCUGGAAACUAUAAGUGCAAAGCAAAACAUCUAUGGAGAUCGCCAGUCACCACAAAAGAAACAGAGGCUCUGCAGAUUCACAUUUCAGGCAAGUAAAGAUAAUUCUGCUAAUGUGGAAGUCAGAUAUAAAUGACAAAUGAGUUCACACAAAGUCAAAAGCUUAAAGUGACAGACAGGCACUAUAUGUCAAUGAGCAAGCUGUAUGUGGUUUUUAUUGAUCUAAAGCCUUUGAUUGGGCCCUAUUUUAACCAUCUAAAAGCAUGGU